AUGGCUCCGGUACAACAGAUUGGAGAUUUCCCCGACAUUCCGCUCAAGUCAGUUGAGGUUCGGGAUGUUGCGCAAGACAUUCCCACCGACGCUUCACCCGCCAUCACCUUGAACUAUCUCUCCCCUCGAGCCGACUCGUCAGCAGCCGCCACAAAGAUAAACUAUGGCCAAGGCACAGUUGAUCCGAAAAACAUCAAGAUGCAAGGCCUGAUGGCUUUAUUCGCCCUCAUCGGUGCUGCAUUCGUGCUGGGUGGAAUUUGGUUCUUCUUCUGGGCCAAGAACGGUGGAUUUGUCUGGCGCAAGGGCGAUUGGGAAGACUACAAAUCGACCGUGCUACGACGCAAAGGACCCGACGGACGAACCCUCAGUAACGCCACGAAGAGUACCAAGCUGGGCGGCGGUAGUGUCGUUGGUUACAGCGAUGAUGGCUACACAUACACCGACGAGACAGGCACAUACACUGAGACUGCGACAACGAUCAGUGACGAGAAGCCACAAAAGAAGAAGAAGCGUAAUUUCCGAGAGAAGCUCCUCCGCCGACACAAGGAUGAGCGAUGGGAAGGCGAGGCCGACGAUGACAUGCGUGCAUACCGUGAAGAGAGACCCGCCCGUAUUGGUGGCAUGAAUCGCGAGGCCGACGGUACCUACCACGGUAGCGACUACGAUUCUUCUGCCCCUCCCACGCAUUACAACCGCAGCGACAUGAGCGAGGUCCGUGAUUAUGCCUAUGAACAGCCGCGUCGCUCUCGCCGUCGCGAUCCCUCUGGCUUCUCUUUCACUGCCGGCAGUGAGGAUGUCCUGAGUCAAACCACCGAGGAACACCAGCUCCGUGAUCCAUCUACCCGCCGCAACAAUCGCCAACGCACUCGUGAGCGACGCCAAAGUGCCGCACCUCCCUCUGCGCCUUCGUCUCGUACCAGCAGUCCCCGCAAGAAGGAUCGUCGUUCCGUGCCGGGUGGCUACACCGAGCCUUUGGACCUCGCCUCUGCGGGUACACGCUCGGAGUACCAGUACUCCAACGUCGAUACCGAGGAUUCCAAUGGCACCAGGAGCUACCACCACCCGAUUCCCGGCUUGACCAAGGGCUACCGUCGUGAUGGCCAUGGUCGCCGUCGCCGUGAUAGUCUGAGUGAUAGCGACGGAGAGUGA